AUGAUGGGCGGAAACAGUGUUAUUAAGCAGCAGGCGCUUGAAGACAUUCUGACGGAGAAGCAGCUCCAUCAGAUAGUCAAAGAAUAUGAGGGCGAGGAGCCGUGGCAGUUGACGGACUAUUCGAUCAAGCCGGCGACCGAAGGUCUUGCAGGUUUCCUAGGCGUACAUCUGAAGAUACGUCUGAACGUCAAGCUCGAAGGAAGGACGAAGACGAUUCACUUGUUCGCGAAAUGUAUGCCGUUCGACAAUAAGCCGAAGAUAGAUUUCAUUGAUAGAAACAACUUUUAUAGGAGAGAGAUGAUCAUGUUCCAAUUAAUUGAGAAGAUGCGUGCUUCGGAAGGCCCGAACCCCUGGUGCACAAGAGCCCUCGUAUGCAACGAGUCGAUCCUCGUGCUCCCGGACCUGCACGUGCAGGGCUACGCCACGCGCCCGCACAACCGGACUUUAGAUCUCCCGCACGUGCUGGUCGCGGCCGCGUCGCUGGCCCGCUGCCACGCCGCCGUCGCCAAGCACGAAGCCCGAUUCGACAAGCCACACAGCUUCUACCGGGAGCACGAGUCCACCCUGACCGAGCCCAACUUCGUCGCGUCGCCCUGGCUCACCGCCGCCGCCAAACUCACGACCAACAUCCUGACCGCCUUCUCGACGAAGCCUCUCAAGGACAUCCCCGGCCUGGAGGACAAAAUUCAUCACGGAUUCCUGGCGGCCUGCGACGACCUGACGCUCCACGAGGACACCCUCAACGUGGUGCUCCACAAGGACAUGUGGCCGAAUAACAUCAUGUUUAAAUACGAGAACGGCCUGCCCGCCAACGCGCUGCUGAUCGACUUCCAAUGCAUCCGCUACGGGCCUCCGUCCUUCGAUCUGAUGGCGUUUCUGUACCUGACCACCUCGCGGUCGUUCCGCGAGCAGCACGAGAGGAAGAUCCUGCACUACUAUUAUUGUGUGUUUUACGAGUCGCUGGACGAUGCCACGAAGCGAAAGCUUAACGAUCUGGGAUUCGAUAGGGAGGAGUUUCUGAGGUGGUGCGAACGGAGCCGCAGGUUCGGGUUGUGCGAGGCGAUCAGCAUAUUCCCCUACGUUUUGAUGGAUCCGGUGGUCGCUCAGAAGACUUUCGAUGAUCCGGUCACCUUCGACAAGUAUUUCGUGGAUGAUCGCUCGGAACCCGUCCUGGCUCACGCGAAUGAGGACCCUAUUUAUAAAAACCGACAGCUGGAAGUUGCCGAAGAGUUUGUCGAGAGAUUCGUUCUGAAUCAACCUUGA